GGAUGUCAACUGCAGCAGGGGUUAAUGAAAAAAGCAAAAACUUUGUAAGCUCUUAGCAUGGAGAGCUUGACGGAGGAGUUCUUUCCUUAUAGAAUAUUAGACGAACAAAGCGGCAGCCAUUCUAGUUCUAACGAGAGUGGUAGUGCAACAGACGCCGUCAUUUUUUUUGGUAUAAGUUUGGUGCUUGGAAUUGCUUCUAGGCAUUUACUGCGUGGAACUAGAGUUCCUUAUACUGUCGCUCUUCUCACCAUUGGAAUUGCUCUGGGCUCUCUUGAAUAUGGAACAAGUCAUAAAUUGGGGAAGAUUGGAAAUGGAAUUCGUCUUUGGGCAAAUAUUGAUCCUAAUCUUCUGUUGGCCGUUUUUCUUCCUGCUCUUCUUUUUGAGAGUUCAUUCGCUAUGGAGUUGCACCAAAUUAAGAGGUGUAUGGCACAAAUGCUUCUCCUAGCAGGUCCAGGGGUUCUGAUCUCAACCUUCUUUAUUGGAUCUGCUUUAAAGCUCACUUUUCCAUAUAACUGGAGUUGGAAAACAUCAUUGUUGCUUGGGGGACUUCUGAGUGCUACCGAUCCUGUGGCUGUUGUUGCUUUACUGAAAGAGCUUGGUGCUAGCAAAAAACUGAAUACAAUAAUUGAAGGGGAAUCCUUGAUGAAUGAUGGGACAGCGAUUGUGGUUUAUCAGCUGUUCUAUCAAAUGGUCAUUGGAAAGAGCUUUAGUUGGGAGGCCAUAAUCAAAUUUCUUGCUCAGGUCUCACUUGGAGCUGUAGCCAUGGGUCUUGCUUUUGGGGCUGUAUCUGUUUUGUGGCUUGGAUUUAUCUUCAAUGACACAGUGAUAGAGAUUACAUUGACACUUGCAGUGAGCUACAUUGCUUUCUACACUGCUCAGGAAGGUGUUGAUAUAUCUGGCGUGCUGACAGUAAUGACUCUAGGAAUGUUUUAUGCUGCAGUUGGCAGAACAGCUUUCAAGGGUGAAAGUCAACAAAGCUUGCAUUAUUUUUGGGAAAUGGUUGCUUAUAUUGCUAAUACGCUAAUUUUCAUCUUGAGUGGUGCUGUUAUUGCUGAAGGAAUUCUAGGCAGUGACAGUGUCUUUGAGCACCACGGAGAUUCAUGGGGCUAUUUAAUUCUUCUAUAUGUUUUUGUGCAAGUUUCACGGUUUUUUGUUGUCGGAAUACUAUAUCCUUUUUUGCGAUAUUUUGGCUAUGGUUUGGAUUGGAAAGAAGCUACUAUCCUCAUAUGGUCAGGACUGAGAGGGGCUGUUGCGUUGUCACUUUCACUAUCAGUUAAGCGUUCUAGUGACAGCUUACCACUUAUCACACCUGAAACGGGAAUCUUGUUCGUCUUCUUUACUGGUGGAAUUGUAUUUUUGACACUAAUCAUCAAUGGAUCAUCUACACAAUAUAUUUUACAUCUUUUAGAGAUGGAUAAGCUAUCAUCUGCAAAGAAGCGUAUACUUGACUACACAAAGUAUGAAAUGCUGAACAAAGCUGUACAGGCAUUCAGUGAUCUUGGAGAGGAUGAGGAAUUGGGACCUACCGACUGGCCUACUGUUAAAAGAUAUAUUACAAGCUUAAAUAAUUUGGAUGAGCAGCAAGUUCACCCUCACAGUCCAUCUGAGAGUGAUGGUCGUCUAGACCCCACAAAUUUGAAAGAUAUACGCAUACGUUUUUUGAAUGGUGUCCAAGCUGCUUACUGGGAAAUGCUUGACGAGGGAAGAAUAACGCAAUCUGCUGCUAAUGUUUUGAUGCAAUCAGUCGAUGAAGCAAUUGAUUUGACAUCUAAUGAGUGUUUGUGUGAUUGGAAUGGGUUGAAAGCUAAUGUUCACUUCCCAAAUUAUUACAAGGUCCUACAAUCAAGAAUUUUUCCACAAAAAGUGGUUACAUAUUUCACUGUGGAAAGGUUGGAAUUUGCCUGUUACAUCUGUGCUGCAUUUCUUCGCGCUCAUAGAAUAGCGAGGCAGCAAUUGCAUGACUUUAUAGGUGACAGUGAUAUUGCUUCUGAAGUCAUUGAGGAAAGCAAGUUAGAAGGGGAAGAAGCAAAAAAGUUCUUGGAAGUUGUCCAUGUGACGUUUCCUCAGGUUUUGCACGUUGUAAAGACCAGACAAGUGACAUAUUCAGUGUUGAAACAUUUAAUUGAGUAUGUCCAAAAUCUUGAGAAGGUUGGAUUGUUAGAAGAAAAAGAGAUGCUUCAUCUUCAUGAUGCUCUCCAGACUGACUUGAAAAGGCUUCUAAGGAAUCCACCUUUGGUGAAGUUCCCAAAAAUAAGUGAUUUGAUUAGUGCCCAUCCUUUACUGGGCGCUCUUUCUUCUAAUGUCCGUGAACCAUUUGAACUUUCCACCAAAGAAAUCAUGAGAUACCGUGGUGUAACACUUUAUAAGGAGGGUUCCCGGCCAAAUGGUGUCUGGCUUAUCUCUAAUGGUGUUGUUAAGUGGACAAGUAAGAGCAUUGGAAACAAGCAUUCAUUGCAUCCAGUAUUUACUCACGGGAGUACUUUGGGCCUGUAUGAAAUACUAAUUGGAAAGCCUUACAUAUGUGACAUGGUCACAGAUUCAGUUGUACUCUGUUUCUUUAUUGAAAGUGAAAAAAUACUUUCAGUACUGAGGUCAGAUCCUGCAGUAGAAGUUUUCCUGUGGCAGGAAAGUGCCAUAAUUCUUGCCAGGCUCUUGCUUCCACAAAUAUUUGAAAAGCUGACACUGCAAGACUUGAGAGCUCUUGUUGUAGAAAGGUCGUCUAUGGCUACAUACAUUAGUGGGGAAAUUAUAGAAAUACCUUACCGAUCCAUUGGGUUCUUGUUGGAAGGAUUCAUAAACACUGAUGGUGUCCAAGAAGAACUUAUUUCAUCACCUGCAGCUCUGUUUCCUUCACAAGAAAUUCAAAGCUUUCUGAGUGUAGAAACAUCUGGUAACAAGCUGGGCAGUUUUUCUCAUCAAGGAUCUUGCUAUCAAGUCAAGACAAGAUCAAGAGUUAUUAUUUUUGACAUUGCAGCAUUUGAAACAGAUAGAGUUCCCCUUAGAAGGAAAUCCUCAUUGUUAUCGCGUUCAAGUGAUCAACCUCAUACAUCCUCAAGUCGAGAAUGCAGUGGUCUAAUGAGAUUUCCUGAAAAUUUAUGGCAACUCAAGCCAAACUCCAGAGACACUGGUUGUAGUGCGAGCAGCUUUUCAGAAAAAGCAAGGGAUAUUAGCAUCUUUGGCAGCAUGGCUGGCAUCCCAAGCAAAGAUCGAGGUUUUUCAAGUGCUAGCAGGGUGAAGCCAUCACAUAGCCUGUCCUAUCCUAGAGUUCCAUCAUAUCGUCCCUAUCAAUUACCUUCUGUUAGAUCAGAAGGGCCUGCUACUGCAAGAAAGAAACUGAAACUGAGGAAGUCCACUGGGGAAGUAUCUGCAGAUCCAGGCCAAAAUGCAGACACAAAUGAGAGUCGCGCAAUGGAUUGUUCCAGUGAUGACUCGGGCGCAGAAGAUGAAGUGAUAGUAACAAUCCAUUCACCGAGUAGGCUGUCUUUUCAGCAUGACUCAUGAAAGCUUGGUUUGUUUAUAGAUGAAAAAAAGGAGCAAAUAGCUUAAUAAAGUGGGUUAGCUGCUUUGGAGAGUAAAUCUCCACCGUUGGUUUAUUAAUAAGGAGAUUUUCAAUAUGGAUUGGAUGUCUCUAAAUUGCUACAAGAUUAAAGGAGAAGAAGAAUCUUGAGCUAUAUUUUUAUGAUUAUUAUUAAUUCAAUAAUCAAGAAAGUUGAAAGAAAAAAGAGAAGGAUUUGUUGUGUAAGAUUUUCUAUCACUUUUUAUAGCUUUAAAUAAAGUUAUAUUACUUGCAAAUUA